CAAAAUACGAUGAUUACUAAACGAUGACAAAGAAUAUACAACUCUUGAAGAUGCGAAGUUGCCCCAUCUCUCAGCGCCAAGAUGGUAGCGAUAGGCGAGGGGACCAAAUAUUCCCUUGCGGCGCCGGUAGCAGCGGCGACAAGUUAGGUAUGCUCGCUAGCAGAAAAGAAAUAGAGAAAUUUCAGAAUGAUAGACAAAUGACGCGACCAUCCAGCCCACUAAAUGUUCCGGCCCAAAUGAAAAUGCGAGUAGAAAAUAUGUCAGUCGAAGUCAACACCGCUGGUACCGAGAAUUCCCCACCCAUGGCUUCCGCCACCGCGUCCUCCUCCGUCGUCACCCUCAACGUCGGCGGCGAGCUCUUCCAGACCACCACAGCGACCCUCUCCCGCGCAGGCGCUUCCUCCCCUCUGGCCUCCCUUGGCCCAUCGCCCGCCGACGCGCCACACUUACUCGACCGCGACCCUCGCCUGUUCGCCGCCAUCCUCUCCUUCCUCCGCAAUGGCCGCCUCGCGUCCCCUCCUCCCUCCCCCGCUCUCCUCGCCGAGGCUCGGCACUUCUCACUCGACGGCCUCCUCCUCUCCUCCCUCUCCCCCGCGUCCGCCUUCUCCCCACUGUCUCUGCGCCCCACCGCCCUCCUCCCCCUGACCGGCCGCGUCGCUCCCUCCGCAGUGGCCAUAUCCCCCUCCCCGCACGCGGCCUCCCUCGUUGCCGCGCACGGCGGGGUCGUCACUAGCUUUGACGCCGCGCUCGCCUCCCGCACCAGCGUCCUAACGCCGCUCCCCACCAUCGACUCGCUCGUCGCGGUGUCCCCCGCCGUCGCCCUGGCUGGCGCCCGCGACUUUCCCGGCGUCCAGCUCUGCCGGUUCCCGGGCGACGCCCCUGCCACAGCUUCAGAGGCUCUAUAUUGGCCAGACUCGCCUUCUUCUUCCGUGCUGUCUAUGGCCGCAACAGCGGCCUCAGAAACGGCGUCACACUGGCUCUUUGCCAGCUUCGAGUCAGCGCGACGGAAUUCGAGCGCCGUGGUGGCGUUCGAUCUGAAUUCGCUGUCACCUGUGGUGGAAAUCGGGCGGAAGGAGGUGUUCGGUGCGGACGUUGAGGCAGCAAUACCACCUACCAAGCUCGGCUGGCUUGCUGGCCACAGUCUCUUGCUUGCGGCCGGAUCACACUCCGGGCCGGCCGGAAUGGUGGGUGACAUACGCCUGUGGGACGUCCGGGCAAGCUCGACGGUGCCGGUGUGGGAGGUGAGGGAGGACGACUGCUUUGCAGAUGUUGCUGCAUCAGACUCGCUGUCGGCAUUGUUUAAGGUGGGGGCUGCCUCCGGUGAGGUUUUCAUGGCCGACUUGAGGAGACUUAGUGGUGAUGGCAUCAGUGUUGAUCCUUGGGUGUGCAUCGGAGACCGACAAAGGGCGGGAGCUGCCACAGCAUCUCGCAGAAAGGAUGGGAAUGGUUGUAGAAUUGAGUGUUACCGCAAUUGGGUGUUUGUGGCACGUGGCGCAUAUGUUGAGGUGUGGACACAGGUGGAAAUUACAUCAGAGCCUGGGGAGAAGAAGGUGAUGAGGAGGAAUUGGGUAGGGAACGGGCCAUCGGUGGUUACUGCCGACGGUGAGGAGAUGGACAAGAUCGUGAGCUGGGCCUUCGGAGGCGGCAGAAUGGCAUUGGCUAGAGUCGAUAAGCGGUCUGUUGAGGUGUGGGAUAGUGCUUCUGGGACAAUAUCGGGUGAAUAGAGGAACAAGACAACACAUACCAGUGUCGAGCAAAUGGAGGCUGCAAUACAGAAAGUCAUGCAAGAUGUGACACACCAGUGAUGCAAAUUGCAUGUGUUGAAGAAGACGGAAGAGUGUCUUGGGCCUCCGUAGACAAAGAGAAUCAAUUUCAGAGAUGAUUUCCAUAAGAUAGGUCAUCGCAUGCUGACGGUUGACGAGUUCGAGAAAGCAUGAGCAGACCUGAUGGAUGCGUACAAAUUGCAGAAGAACACAUACUUGACUCAGUUGUACGAAGUCGGAAGAAGUGGGAAGAGCCUUCAAAGGUAAAUUUUGUGCCAAGAUGACGCGCACUCAAUGGAGUGAGAGUGCUAAUCAUAUGCUGAAAGCAUAUGUGCCAGUGAGCUGCCAUAUGCAUCUGUUUGUUCAGCAGUACAUGACUCUGUUAUUCAAUCGUGAGGCAAGCGGGAACUAUGAAGAAAGGUGGACAAAUAUAAGUUUUUUUGCCAGAAGAUUAACUGUUUUUAUGAGUUUGACGUUCGGAUACUAUAUUGAUGUCUCUGAUCUUACUAGACGACCCCGGUAAUGAAGAUGAAUACCCCACUGGAGCUGCAUGCAAGCAAUGUUCUGUAUGAGGCAGGUAUUGACCCCGGUAUUGACCUUGAUAUGUUCUGUAUGAGGCAGGUAUUGACCUUGCAAGAUGAAUACCCCUUGCUAUGUUCGAGAAAUUUGGUGAGAUUCUGUAUGAGGCAGGCCAAUACAAGGUUGAUGAGGUCGAGAAAGGUGUGAAGUAUUUGGCUCGGAGAUACCACCGAAAGAAGCACGAAAAGUGGGGCAGAGUGGUAUAUGAAGUUCAAGUGCUGAAUCAGGGUAUGGAGAUAGCAUGCGAAUGUGGAAAAUUUGAACAUAUAGGAUUGUCAUCCUGUGAAGGUAGAAUUGUUUAGUUCAGUUUCCAAGGUUAUGAUGUACUGCAAAAACAUACUCAUGACUCUGCGAUGUUCACAAGUGCUUGACUUCCUAGGCUUCACAGAGAUACCGGCUAAACACAUCAUGAAGAGGUGCUUCUGGACCACUUGAUGCACCUGCAGAAAGAUAAGCUAUCUAACAACUCCGUAACAUCCAAACUUGUAACAUACACCCUGGAGGUUGUGCAGCUCGGCGAUGCAAAAACAACAACACAUGAACUAGUAAUCAGUUUGCUGAAAUUGGCAAUGCAGAAACUGAUCCCAUUAGCUGAUGUCCGAGAUGGGCUUGGAUUGGAGGGUCCGCCUUCAAGCAAGCCAGGCAGCAAGGAAAGGAAAGAGCAAUGGACAAGAACUGUCCGGCCAGACCCCUUGCUGGGCGGUACCAGCAAGCGCACCCAAUUUUGCAUAUCUUCCGGCAACUAGGGCACGAGAGCAGUACUUGUCCCCUAUGGUGGACGUUCAGAAAAUACCAAGAAAGGAAGCAAAGUGCUCGAACUGUGGCGUUGACAGACAUCGGAAGAAUACCUGCAGCAACCCUAAAGUUGUAGUGGAGGUGGUGCCAAGUGCAUCUGGUGGGUCAAUUACUUGAGCCAAACCCAUAGACUCUCCUUGAUUUAUGUUUUUCUUGCAGAGGGUUCAUCAAGCCGUGUACAACCAAGAGUAGGUGUUUUUCCCAUAAUAAUUAUGCAACUAGACUGAACGAAGCAGCCCAUAAUAAUUACUCCCUCCGUCCGAAAAUACUUGUCAUCAAAAUGGAUAGAAAUGGAUGUAUCUAAAACUUAUAUACAUCUAGAUACAUCAUUUUUUAUUCAUUUUGAUGACAAGUACUUCCGGACGGAGUCUAGUAUUCAACUAGACUUAACGAAGCAGUUGUGUGUGAUUAGCUGGACGCCCAGUGUCUAUGGCAUACUGUAAAUUUGUCGCAGUUGUGUCCAUGCCUAUGUUGAAGUGUACGACGAAUGAUUUGUGAAAUCUAAUCUGGGAGAACAGUUUUUAGAGUACACAUAGAGUACACAUCUGAUUGCACAUGUGUAAACUU